UAUUUUUGCUGUUUUAAUUUACAUGCUGUCAUUUUCUUGUGAGUAUCCAAAUUUUCCUUUCCUGCUAUGUGACAGAAACUAAACCUAGCGUGUGAAUUAAUAAUGACCCAACGAGGUGGGACCGAGAGAUCAACUUACACAUUCUUGCCUCUGACAGUCUAGCUGUCCCUCUGGCUCAUAAAGACACCAGGUCCCAGUGUGAAGUGCUCCUUGAUGACGUUCCCUUAGCCGGUGGAAGAAUAUUUAACGAAGGCAAACACUCACCAUAACGUAGUUAUGUUUUUGUUUCCUCGCCACUGUGUUAAACUGGACCUGGACUCUACAGACGCGAAGCCGGUGAGGAGCUGAAGGAUCGACACAAAGAAGAAGAGAAGACGGAUUAAUGUGAAGGAGCUCAUGACAACUUACAACAACAGCGGGUAUUUAAACCCUGCAUACCAUGACUAUGAGACUCUGGAAAUUGAUAGAAGGGAAGCCCCAGCCUGGCUGGGCGUCAGGGCCCCUCAGUCGCCCACAGCUCAACCCGGCGGUGAUGAUGCGUCUGGGGGCCGCUGGCAGGAGGAGAGGCAGGGGACCGACGAAAGCAUCCCCCUGGGUUUCAUUUCCACGCAGCCCCAGAAUCCCCCAUGGCAGCACAACCUUAAUCACACCACUUUCCAAAUCGACCCAGACGCUCAUGAUCGAUCAGCUGCUAGUCAGAUUUCUUCUUCAAUGUCAGCCAACAUGACCCUGAGGUGGAGGGGCGUCUCAGCCAGAAGGCUGAGCUUGUUUCCCACCGGCGACCCUUCUCACCUCUUUCCAGAGGAUGUCAUCAGGAACGAGCUGGACAACGAGGAGCAGGACCUGGUCAAAGAGCUCAUUGGGCUGUCAACAGUGGACCGGAUCCAGGCCGUCCGGGCCCUUCCCAUGAGCGUGAGAGAGAAGAAGCAUGUCAGGAGCCAAGUACUUGCAUUCAAGUCCUCCAAACAAUCCCAGCAGCGCGGCUGCUGUGCAGAUUGCUCUGAGAGCGUGUCAUGGACUUUCCGCAGGUUCGGCUCCGGGCUGAAGGCGGCCGGCCAGGCGCUGGAGCUGUGGCAGGGCACCAUGAAGGAGAUCAGCGGCAGGUUCGGCACCAGCGUUCUCACCUACUUCGUCUUCCUCAAGUGGCUGCUCAUGUUCAACGUCCUCUCCUUCCUGAUCAACUUCGGCUUCAUCACCGUGCCGCUGCUGGUUUACGACCCCUCACCCAACAUCCCUCCCAACGUGAGCUUCAGAGGGCUGGAGAUACUGACGGGAGUCGGUUACUUUAACUACACCGUCAUGUACUACGGCGGCCACAGCAAUGAAACCUUUGCAGGCCAGGUCACAUACAACAUGCAGCUGGCCUAUUUCCUCACCAUUGCAAUCUACAUGGUCCUAUGUGGGCUUGCUCUUAUUGUCAGCAUGGCCGGCUCCUUCAGGAGUAACUACGUGGUGGCCGACCCCUCUUCAGACAGCGCGUGGCAGCUUCUGUGCAGCUGGGACUUCAAUAUGACCAACGAGAGGGCGGUGAGACAGCGCAAGAACAACCUGCGCGUCCAGCUAAAGGAGUCUUUAUCAGAGAACGCCCAGAGGAAGCUGCUGACGCUCUCUGAGGAACUGAGCCGCCUCUGUGUUCAUCUGGCCUCCUGGUUCCUCUCCACCAUCUUGGCUCUGGGCUGCGGAGCCAGUGUCUAUUAUCUCUGCCUCUACGAAGCGCAGAUGCUGGCAGCGGAUGCAGCCAGCUGGUCUCUGCUGGAGGAGGCCAAGACUCUGCUGGUUCCCUUCGUGGUGUCUCUGAUCAACCUGUGCGUCCCGCUCUUCUACUCGCUCUUCAACAAGUUCGACCACUACUCCAGCCAUCGCAGGCAGAUCUACGCGCUGGUAGUCAGAAAUGUCUUUCUCAAGAUGUUCAUUCUGGGGGUUUUGUGUUAUUACUGGAUGGAUGUGGUGGCUCAAAAUGUUUCGUGCUGGGAGUCUGUGGUUGGACAAGCGUUAUACCGACUAGUCAUCGUUGACUUCCUUUUUCUGAUGUUGGGAUCCUUCUUUGGAGAAUUUCUAAGCAAUGUCAUUGGAACCAGGAUGCUGCCACGUAUCGGGGUUCCAGAGUUUGACGUAGCCAGAAAUGUCCUUGAGCUCAUCUAUGCGCAGACUCUGGCCUGGAUUGGAAUCUACUUUGCUCCUCUGCUGCCUGUCCUGCAGAUUUUUAAGCUCUUCCUCCUGUUCUACCUGAAGAAGAUCAGCCUCACGCACAACUGCCAGCCUCCUCAGCGAACGGGCAGAGCGGCUCAGAUGCAGACCAUCUUCACCGCCCUCCUCUUCUUCCCUUUCUUUGUGGGAGCCUUGUCCAUAGUGGCAUACACCUCCUGGAGCCUGACUCCCUCAGAGAACUGUGGCCCUUUUCGGGGACUCAACAAUUCCUUCGGUGCAGUUGCAGUCUGGAUACACACCCUGGAAGACAUUUCUGGUUCCCAGUGGGUUAUCUGGAUUUACCAGAAGAUCAUCAAGAGUCCAAUAUUUUAUUUCAUUGUCACACUUAUUAUCCUAAUGUUUAUAUACGUCUUCUGGCAAGUCACUCUGGGCCGCAAGGAGCUCAUUGCUCUUCUGAGGAAACAGAUUGUCAAAGAGGGGAAAGACAAGAUGUUCUUGUUAGAGAAACUGCACAGUCUCCAAACAUCUCAUCCUAACGCAACGAACAAACAGGCAAACCAGCAACAGCGCAUUGGGCAGUUCUCAGACAGGCGCUCCCCAGGCAGUCAGUCCAACUCAAGCGCGCUGGUCCAGGCUUUACUCGCUCGCCAGCAGUUUGAAGGAGACCUCAGCGGUGGAGUGCCUGUACCUGCCGACAUCUCCACCUCCAGCGGCCUGAUACAGGCCAUGCUGGCUUAUCAGAGGGCUGAAGAUCUCAAUGAGGAUUUGUACCGGAUGCCCGACGGCCGCUUGUCCUCCUUCGCCCCCCUCCCUCCGCCCACGCGCCCCAGGGACGAGGACCGCGGCACAGCGGGGGGUCCCGGGGAUCCGGUCCACGCGCCCGGCGCUCUGGAACAGGCCAUGCAAGCCAGACAGAGAGCGGAGGGCGCCGACGACCUGUCGUCCUCCGCGGUCAUGAUGCAAGUCAUCCAAGCCAGGCAGCAGGAGGAGCGCCUCCAGUGGACGCCCGGACCCCCACAUAACCCAGCCCCGUCAGGCUCCAGCGCGCUCAUUCAGGCCAUGCUGGCCCGGCAGCAGGCCCAGAACGAGUUUGAUGACGGCUACUGAGCCAAUGACUCUGACUUCACCUGUGCAGUGAGGUUUUACACGACCAAGCAUUUGUGUGGCCAUCUCUCCACAGACGGACUGUGUCACAGUGGACGCCAUGAGCGAGUGCUGGCUCACUUCCUCAUACCUCAAAUAUUUUACAAAUAUAUUUUCAUAUGUUAUUUUAAUUACCUUUUGAAAUUAUCAAAGGAAUUAUAUGUGUGCUUUUUAAAUAGGAUUAAAGUUAUUAUAACAGGAUUUAUACUGGUCACUAAUGAGUAUUAAUGUAGAAGGAUAGUUCUAUAAAAUCAUUUACAAAGCCUCAAAAGUGUGCAGUUAUUUUAAAGUAUUAACACUAAGGUUAAUUAAAAUGGAAACCUAAUAAAAAUGCAACCGCUGUUUGA